CUAUGUUGAUUAAAAAUCUGCGUUCACAGUGGUCAGUUUAUACGUAAAUACGCACAAGAUUGUGAAUAAGGACUGAAAUAAAAUGCUUAAAUAUAUUACAGUUAUUUCGAAGUAUACGUAUGUGAAUAAAUAAGUGAUAUUUUCUACGAGUGGCAUAAGAAGAUAAACAUAAGCUUGACCUUGAUGGUGUUUACUUGCUGCGUUUCUUGAGAAGUUAUUAGAAAAGACGAAAAUCUGACAGACAGAACUGAUGUUUGGCAAAAUGAAGGAGAAAUUUAGACUAAACAUGGAAAUGCUCCCGUGCGUCGAGUUUGGUCGAUUCGUGAUAUGUAGUACACGAUAUUUUCUGAAGGUGUGCGUUCGCAGAAGUAUGAACUUCGAGUGGUCUUGGUGCUAUGCGUCUACUAAGGCAGAGCAUAAAAACAUACAAAGUUUGUUAAUUUCGACACUGACAGAAUGAGACAAGGGCGCGGAGGACAGCGGAACAAGAAAUGCUGUAGAGGUCGUGGUGCACCACCAAUCACGCUGCCAGCAACACUGGAGGACCCUGCUGCCACCUGGAAGGGACCGCCACCCGGUUCGGAGCCCCAGAACUUUUCUCAGAACUCUAAUCAGAACUUCUCCGGACCGCCGGCGGGCUUCCAGGGGCCAUCGCCCUUCCAGGGCCCGCCGGCCGGUGCCGGCUCACCUGCGGGUGCUCCCCCUUACUCAGGAGGACCACCACCUGGUUCAGGAACACCUCAGUACACUGCUUCACCUGCUCCAUCUGGUUCAUCAACGCCAGGACCGGGACCACCUCAGUCGGCCGGAUUCCCUCCACCUCCGAAUAAUGGUCCACCUUACAACGGACCUGGUCCCGGCCCCGGGCCAUUCGGAUCGCCGUCUGCCGGUGCUCCUGGUCCCGGACCUGGACCUCAGUUUGUUGGACGUCCUGGAUCCUCAGGACCACCGUUUGUGGGCGGACCUCCAGGUGCAGGGAACCCUCACUUUGCCUCACCGGGACAGCCAUUUGGAGGCCCUCAGUUUGGUAUUCCUCCUGGUUCACCAUUUGGACACGGCCCCGGACACCCAAUUCCAGGACCUAUUCCAGCACACGGCAUGAUGCCGGGGCAGAUACCAGGACCCAAUCCCGUCGACAGGAUAGACCAGGGCCUGGCGUCUCGUGUAAAUGUGGGCGAGGUUUCUGCGGCUGUGCCCGGAGCUAUCGCCCAGGCCGGGGUUUCGCCUUGUCUGCACUGCGACUCGCUGACGCAAACAUACUGGUAUCGCAGCAAAUCUCUUCCUGUUCCCAGGCGUCAUACGCCGUACUUCGGCCAGCCUGACUAUCGUAUUUACGAGCUUAACAAGAGGCUUCAGCAGAGGACAGAGGAGAGUGAUAAUCUCUGGUGGGAUGCCUUUGCCACUGAGUUUUUUGAAGACGAUGCCACGCUCACGCUAACAUUUUGUUUAGAGGAUGGGCCCAAGAGAUACACUAUAGGUAGGACACUUAUACCAAGAUACUUUCGGAGUAUCUUUGAAGGUGGUGUGACAGAGCUGUAUUAUAAUUUGAAACAUCCUAAGGAGUCCUUCCACAAUACAAGUAUUACUCUGGACUGCGAUCAGUGCACAAUGGUGACGCACCAUGGGAAACCAAUGUUCACAAAGGCACCGGUUGCUGUACAGGUGUGCACGGAAGGCAGACUCAUCCUGGAGUUCACGUUUGACGACUUGAUGCGCAUCAAGUCGUGGCAUUUCGCUGUGCGGACACAUCGUGAAUUGGUGCCUCGAACUGUAGUUGGAAUGCACUCCCAGCAGGACCCGGGAAUGCUGGACCAGCUAUCGAAGAACAUCACACGGCAGGGCAUCACAAAUUCAACACUCAACUACCUCAGGCUAUGUGUGAUCUUGGAGCCCAUGCAGGAGCUGAUGUCGCGGCACAAAGCUUAUGCGCUCAGUCCGCGAGACUGUCUCAAGACCACACUCUUCCAGAAGUGGCAGAGGAUGGUUGCCCCGCCGGGUAAGAGAGAGUCACAGCGACCAGCAAACAAGAGGCGGAAACGGAAAGGUUCCCAAUCUGGCGGUGCUGCCAACAAUGCUCCUCCUGCGCCCAACAAGAAACGCUCGCCUGGACCAAAUUUCUCUUUAGCAUCACAGGAUGUAAUGGUUGUUGGCGAACCAUCACUGAUGGGUGGCGAGUUCGGGGAUGAGGACGAGAGGCUCAUAACACGGUUGGAGAACACACAGUAUGAUGCGGCCAACUCCCUGGACCACGACAACCAUGGCUUCUCGGACUCGCCUAUGACGGGGGGCCCUAAUUCGUGGGGGGGAGGAGGGCCAGUAGGUGGGCCUGGAGUGGGCGGACCUGUGGCCGAUAGGGGACCCGGUGUCCCACCUCAGGGCAACACGCCGUCCAGCCAGGACUCGGACAAGAAAUCUCCAGCUGUGAGUCAGUGAUAGUGCGCACUGUGAGGUGAGGCAAGGCGAAGCCGAAGUAAGAGUGUUCGUGUGACACUGAGGCACUCCUAAAGCUGUGUGUGCCAUUCUUGUUGAAGUGUCGUUUCUUUCUGACAGGUGGCCAACACAUUAUUUAAAAUAAAUUUUAAUGUGGACAUAAAAAUAAAGUAUUCAGAUAAAUUUCUAUUUCAAGGUGUUCAUAGUCUGUGCAUGACUAUGUAGAAAUUGUAAUAUUGACACUACUUUAUUAUAGAUUAGUUUGGAGAAAUUGUGCAAUGCAAAUAGACUCCUCCAAGGAAAGAGGUAUGUUGGUGUUCAGUUCUGGUAGUGUUCAUUAUUGGAUAAGGGUUUUCUGAACACGAUCUCCAACACCAUUGGAAUAAUCUGAAAAUCAUUGAUUUUAGAUAUUCAGAUUUUCAUAUGUAAUAAAUAACAUAGUUGUAGUUGUCUUAUUCAGUAAAAAAAAAAGCUCUUCAUGCUAUUCAUUUAUAAAUGAAUUGUGUUUUAAUUACACAGGACGAAUACUCAACAGAGUAGGCUUUCUCAUACCUGUUACAUAAAAUUGUAAUUUAUUUUAAAUUAUUGUACAUUAUUUAUGUAGUUUAAAUUAGUGCUUGCUCAAUAUUUUAUGAAAUGUAAAGAUAGUUACAAAUAUUUCAGUUUUGUGCUAAAAGCCAAGGUGUGUGAAUAAAGUUAGAUGAAACUCUUUUGAAAUCCAUAAAUUUAGUUUCGUUACAGUCACAUCUUGCAUUGCUUUCACAGUCAGCACUAGUUUAAAUUACUGCUUUUGUUCUCUCCAUUAUUAUCCGCAAGAUGCAUAAAGAAUUUGUGAUAUCUCUUCCUGAAACUAUUUUUUUUUAUCUUUUUGAUUAUCUAUUCAUUAUUUGACCAGCAUAUUUGUGAAGAAGUAAAGUUUUGCAUCUCUACAGGGAAUGGAUUUUAUCAUCUGUUAGUGCACCUCACUUUUACAAAAUCAUAAUAUCGUUUUGAAGUUGUUCAUUGUACUGGUAAGAAAGAAUUGUCUCCAAGCUUCAAAUUGUAUAUUUAAUUUUGAGCCGUUUGUUCUAACAAUCUUUUGUUUCUGAGGAGCUGCAGUCAGUGGAAUGCCAUGCUGCAUAUGAAAAAUACUUUUAAUAACAACUUCAGUAUUAUACAGUCUGUUGGAAACAUAAUUUAAAAGCAUUUAGGAAACUUAUUUGUUGGAUAUUUUUCAGUAGCAUCUCAUUUCUGUGUAACGUGAGGUUUACUUCCCACAUGUUGUCAGUGCAUGGUACAGCACAUUAUUGUAUACACAUUCAGUGAUACAGAAAAGUGUUCCCAAGCAUUGAUUUGAUGAUGGUAGUAGCAGCCUUAACUGUUUGUAAAUGGGAAGUCAAAACUACAUUAGUGUGUCUGAUCUUAUCACAAUUAUUUUGUGUAACAAAUAAGAGAGUGGCAAUGUUGUUAUAGUGUGACUGCUGAGCUGCUUGUAAUCACUGAAUUAAAAAAAAAUAUUUGUUUGAUCCUGUCUUGGGUGAUUCAGACAGUUCAUACAUUUCCGUUUCCCAAAAUAAAAUUAUUGAGGAUGAGGCAUCAGCUGCUGUGAUAUUGUUGUUCCAGCAGUAACCAAUUUUAAUUUUUUCUUUUUGUCCAAUGUUGGUUGUUGUUUGUUUCCUGGUGCUCUAAAGUGGAAAAGUGAAAGAGAAAUACGUGAUGUCUUUUUGAUGUAUGCUGUGCAUUCAAUGGAAACAAUAGUCUUAUCUAAUUUCUAUGUUUUUUGAUGUAUUUUAAAUUACAAACGUAAGACAUUAGAUAUUACCUUCACUGAAUAUUUUGGAGGCAAGUACUUCUACAUUGGUUUCUGCCAGAAGAAUGCUUACAAAGCUGUCUGUCUUAUUGUAUUGUACACAUGAAGUAUGAAACUUUCUUUUGUCUGGAAUAAUACAUAUUGUUUACCUAUGUAUUGGACACUUCAGGAAUAAUUGCAGUUCCUAAUUUAA